AGGCGCAGCCGUUCGCUAUCGAGCAUGCAAACUUCGCGGUCUGGACACGAAGCUGUGAGGUCACAGAACCCGCGUGAGCGCCCUCUACCACCAAUACCGCGACCAUCGGCAGACAUGGCGCGGGCCUACCUUCCACCACAACACGUCAUUCUCUCCCCGAAGAGCCGAUCAUCGGAUGGCCUGCAGCCUCCUAUCCCACAUUCCUUGGAAACCCCAAGUACGUACAUACCUGUGCACAUCACAGACGUUCCGGUCGCAAAUAUACCAGCAUCAACAACUGCUAUAGGUGCAGGAAUUGCAUCACGUCCAACGCACCUACGCCCGCGCCGCGCGGCUCCUCUUCCACGAUUCGCAUCGCUCUUCUACUCACAAGCGCGAUUGGAGGCAGAAUACGACGGCUGGGUUGCGGAGGAAGCUCGUUUGCGGCGCCAAGGCAGUGCCAAUGCCAACAUAGAAAGCGAUAUGGAGAUUGUACCGCGGUCGGAGUCACGGCUGGCAAACCUCCUGGGAAGAGCAGGAGAGAGAGAGCGGUGGGAGCCUCCAGAGCUGGCGCACAGAAGAGAACAGAGACAGGGAUGGAGUGGGGAAUGGAAUGCACCGAGCGUCCAGGACGUGAUAGUCAAGCUGCGCGGGCUGAAGUGACACAGGGUGGGCUUGGAAUGAGAGAGGUUUGCUGCGAUAGUGUUCAGGACUUUAGUUUUCGAUGGAUUGGCAAACGGACAGCACAUACCAUCGACCUUUCAUUUCUUCUGCGUCGGAAAAACCCUGUAACAGAUGUAAUUUUCUAUUGG